AUGCGUUUCAUCGCCACCAAGCUCCCCCUGCUCCUCGCUGCUUCGGCGACUAUUGUCGUUGGAGAGUCGACUACUACUGGAAGUGGUUCCGUGAGCACAUCAUCGACUAAAUGUGCUGCGCAAAAGGUCGUCGACCAGUGUGUCCAGAACAUGAGAUUCGAACUCGAAAACUGCGGUACAUACGACUGGGACUGCCAAUGCAUCGGUAGCACGAACGUUGUCAACUGCUACAACAACUGCCCCGAACUCCCCGAGCGCAUCGGCGCCCAAACAAUCCGCCAGCAAAACUGCGCAAACGCCAAAGCCUACGACACGACAACAACCCACUCCACCCCUUCUUCCACUGCCGGCUUUGACUCCCCCAGUUCCUCCCCAGUUUCCUCAUCCUUCGCCUCAGAUUCCACCGAUUUCCCCAGCGGACUGAAGGAAACCAGCGACGAGGCCACCUCGAGCUCGUCGAGCUCGGAGCCAACUAAGUCGCUGACGGGCCUGGAGGCGACUGCGAGUGCGUCAUCGGGAGCGGCGGCUGGCGCUGUCAAGGCCGCCGGUGGGUGGGUUGCGUUCUUGGGAUUGGCAUUGGGGGUCUUGUUUUAG